CCGAGGGACGAACUCGAUCCCCGAGCUAGGGUUGAGAAGCUGAUGAGGAAUGAGUUUCCGUCGGUUUCGGAAGAUACAGUCUUCGGCGACGCGAUGAUGCAGUGCUGGCACGGCGAAUAUGCAUCCAUCGCGUCUGUUCAGCAAGACGUCUUUUCCCGGCUUGGACGGAGUGUUGCUGAAGACGAAGCUUUGAUGCAAGCGGCCAUGGAGAGAAUGGCUGCACAGUAUUCUUUGCUGAGAGCUGAAUGUGAGGAGUACAUGACAAAGCAGGCACGGGAAAGAAGCUACUAG